CACAAAAAUAGUAAGCACUAAACAAGCAAAAAGCAUGAAUGCCCCAAAAGCUUCUAAAUCCUCUGGGGGUCGGCGGACCAAUAGAACCUCCCCUCAUCAUUCUUUUGUUACCUCGACCUGUCUACACUCGAGAAUGAAUAGAGGGAGUGAGAAAAACUCUCGUAGGAGAAGGAGAAUGGGCACAAUCAUGUAGUGGUCCCUUCAUAUUCUAUGCACAGUUAUGGCGAUUCGUGCCAAGGACUAAAUAUCGUACCAUCCUCACCGAAAAGAAGGCUGAAGGGAGUACCUGAAUGAUUUUUUUUUGUACGAAACGUGUGCAGGCUUUACCUAUGUCGCAUUUAUUUCAUCAUUAUUUCAUACCGAUCGUAGACGUUGAUGAAAAAAAAUCACUGCUGCAGAUCACUCUUUGAUAUACAUUGUUGUUUCGUCACCCGUGCGUGGAUGGUGGAUUUUCGGAUUUUCAGCGCGCAAAGGCCGAUCUUUGGAGCUAUAUGAUUGCAAGUGAAAAAGGACAUAGCUAUUUGAUGUAUUUUGAAAGGAGUGUGGACUUAUAAAACAUUAAUCAACAACGUUCGUCAACUCACUGGCUCCACUCUGGUGAACAGUUUUUGACAAGGCUAAUAAACAAGACGACUGGAACACAAUGCCAAACCCAGGCUAAGUUGACCUAUAUGGCAUCGCAUCAACUGAUAUUACGAUACGAUCCCCUACGAAGACACACACAAGAUGAGACUAUGACAACUGCUUUACCGCCGAUAUCAAAUUCAAGCAACGAACACAACGAGAUCAAGGGAGAAGAAACGCAUCGUCGACAUCGGAGAUUGACCUCCAUCAAAGACUUCGUCAAGAAGCAGAAACGAUCAAAGCAACGUACAUCGAAUCCGGUAACAGAUCGUGAGAACACGAACGGGAACAAUUCGUCGGUUGUCGUCCAGGAAAUUCGACCAUCAUCAGCUGGAUUGCAGACAGCAUCAAGCCGACCGAGAAAGUAUGUGAGCAAAAGGAACACAAAUUCAAAAGUAGAACAGCGAUUGGUUAGGGCAAAGAGCAGUGGUUCGAAGCGUAUGAGUUAUCCACCAAGCGAGUUCCAUCGACAGGAGUUAGUGUCAUCGUCUUUUGCGCGACUUAGAAGGGACAGUUCCAAAUCAUGUCCUAUGUUAUGUGACUGCGCCAUGUAUGAGUUUGAUGACGAAGGUGGUGUUACCCACCUAAGCCAAAAUAGUGUAGAUAAAUUUCCUCCGCACGAAAACGGAAUUGAUAGAAACAAGAGCAGCGAUAGAACAAAUUGCGAUAGAUUCAGGGUAAGGACAAAGAGCAAGAGCUCCAAGAAAGAUGACAUCAUAAGUGUUCGACCACCUAAGCCACCUUCUUGGCAAAACUUACAAACGCCUUCCCAGCAAAACCUCUCUGAACCGGAAGUGAAAAGUAAUCCCAAACCUAGCCAUGCUUCAGAGAUGUUGAAAAAGAUAGGUCGCUCAAAGAGUGAAGAGAUUGGGAUGCAGAGGCACGACCGAAUUCAAGAAUCGAUGAGCUAUAGGCCAUCUAAAGCACCUUCUUGGCAAACAGUAGCCACACAGGGAGGGUCAUAUGAUGCCGAUGGGAAUGUGGAAUCAACAUCAAGGUGGUCAGGGUUUGCCACCAGUGAAGGAGCCGGGAAUCACAGACAACUAGAACCUUCUUACAAACCACCGAAGCCACCAUCUUGGCAAACUGUUCCGGCUGCCCCCGAAGAAGUAACCAUCGAUACAAAACAAACUGAAAAUAUCGUGCCAACUAUUAUUGUCCCAUCCAACCCUUCUGGCCGGUCAGAAGCGCGAGCGGACGGACGAUGUACGAGUGCCGGUUCAUCACGAUCGACAAGAUCACCUGCUAAGGUUCAAGGCGACGACGAUGUCGACAAUGAUGACAGCAAUUCACCGGACACUGUGCAAGCAUCAGCUACGAACAAAUCACGUGGUUUACGGCGAUCGAAUAUCAAACGCACGCGGAGUCGGAUGAUCGACGCGCGCGAGAUACCCAAGCAGGAUUCAGUCAUACCCCUGUCUCAAACAAAGCCAUCAGAAUUUCACUUGCGAGAAACCCACCAUGAUAACGAUGUGUAUCUGAGCGAGAACGUUGAACGCUGUCGACAGUGGCUAGCAGGAUUGUUGGGUGACGAAGGUGAUACGUUGGCGAAGACGAGUUCAAGGUCUCAUCGAGGAGCUGCUGCACGUUAUGAUGAAUCAGAUGAUGAUGAUGAUGAACUAGUCACGUGUGAUUUAGAACUAUCACGUGAUAAAUGGAUGUAUGUCGGGUCACCAUACCCUUCAUCAAGUUCUGAGGAUGGCGAUGACUAAAGUUUACUUUACAACAAACCUUUCAUUGUUGUUCUUCCGUGCAAUGUGCAGUGAUAUUUAAAAUUGUUUUCUGGACUUCUUUGAUAUCCUGUUGACGACGUAUCAUCAAGAAACAGUUGUUGUUAAAGUGUUACUGUGAUUUGUUGCUUACUGAUAUCCCCAGUUAUAUUUACCUGAAUCUCCAAUAUCACGUACAGCUUGUUACUAUUUCUUAAUAAUUGUAAUCUAGACAGCGGCCGUGCUCUGUAUUCACCAGCCAUCUGAUUAAGCCCAAAUGUGUGCAAUUUCAAGAAUAAUUGUUACCUGUGGGUGAAUCUUUGGUUCUUCUUGACGUAACCUUGAAAGAUGAUGAAUAGCAGAACAACGCUUGGCCAAUUUCUUCUUGAGGCUUUACAUUGCGUAAUUGGUUUGCAAUUUUUGCCAAAAAGACAGUGUUUGCCAUAAAACAAUAUUUGAGAAUACCCCUGUGACAUCACAUAGUAAAAUAAAUCUACGUGGCUUUCACGGAAAGAGUGAUGCCACUAUCAGGUCGUUGCCUUGACAAAUACAAAGCAAAAUGAUAUUCAAUUGUUUAUUGUCUAAAUUGAACCUAAGUAAUUAGCUACUGCCUAAAUUAAUAGCUUUGACAAUUUCAGUGACCUCAUUCGUUUGCAUGAUUGAGAAAUACUGACCCCUGACUGUUACUAUCAAACGAUAAAUAACCGUUUGUGAUAACUGUUCUUAAAGAAUGACUUCUUGUCAAUGCCGACAAGCGUAAAACUACUCCUACUUCUAUCUUCGAAUGAGUACGUCAUGGUACGUGUAUAUAUUACAUUUCUACUAGUUGACUGUGUAGUUUGACGUAGCUGGAUUGUUCUAAACACCAAACAUAAAUAAGCAAAACACCUUCAUGUCCAAACCAUUUUGACAUAUAAAUUUGCAUUUUUUGAUGAUUUCUGUAACAUUUUUUGUACAUGUGAAUCAAAUUGGCAGGGGGUUGGCUGAGGUAUACCCCGCUUUACACCUUAUCAGUAAUUGUGUACAAAAUCGUGAAAUCUCAUCUAAUUGUGAUUUUCUUGGAUUAUCAGCCCCCUCCCAUUCUCGGAUCGGCCCCUUCCUUCACAUAUAAAACUGUUUUGCGGCGACACAUGUGAAUGUAGAGAUGAUUUUGAUAAAUUCUUACUUUAUUUUCGAAUGAUCCAGGUUAUAAAAUAGGCCUAUCUUAUACAAUAUGUACACUGUUUAAACAGAUCUCUAUAUUCGAAAUUUUACCUUUUUGUAGAUUUUAUGGAUAAAAUGAAAAUCGUUAUGUUGAUUAAAUUUCGACAUAGCGCCCUGUCGGAACAAAAUCCAGCGUGUGCGAGUGCUGUAAAGCAUUCGCUAAUUUAGAGUUGUGAUACUCCAAAAUGGUAGCAAGUUUGUUCUAGUAAUGCCAAUAUUGUAGUGCCAAAGUGAUUAUAUUAUUUGGUUACAUCAACUGAUAUAAGCUAAAUGAUCAGAGUUUAGAGCUGCAGAGGGAUGGAAAUGGAAACAUGAAAUUGAAUUUGAGAUUACCAAUAUAGGUAUCGUAUCUAUUUCCACGAAUAGUAUUUGGUAUUAUUAAAACCCAUUUUUUGUAGAAGAGGAAGGAUGAACCAUUCCCGAUUAAAAGUUUUAAAAGUUUUUCAUUUACAUCGCUUUUGAAAUUAUGUCGAAUCGAUAAGCAAUGUUAAAUUUUACUUUUGAAUUAGUUUUUUAAUGUGAUAAUAGUAAAAUACUAUGGGGGUCUCCCUGAUAUAAAUUUGAUUAAAACCCACGUAUGAAAACCAUAAGAGAAUAACAUGGUCAUGGGUUUUCAGGUUUAUAUUUUGUGACAUCACACGCAAUCAACUCCAUACAUCCCAUUUUCAUGGGCUAUGUUCUUUAUCACUGAAAGCGUUUAUGAAAAUUAUAUCUCGUAUUAUACUAUGUCACAUGUUGCACGAGCAAAAUUGUUUGUUAUUUUCGGACGAUGACACUCUAUGCGGGGCUAUCAUACACGCGAAUGUAAGACGUCACAAAUUUGGAAGAAAUUUAACUCCGCUAUUCUUUGAUGUAUUUUUGCAAAAAAAGUUGAUUAUGUAUAAUUUCACUAAUAUAUUUGUUUUCAUAAAAAUCCAACAAUGCCUCCAUGUUAAGGGGCUUUCACAAUUGCUCGUGCGAUCGUUUGCGAUCAUUCGGUCACAAUAUAUGUUGCACAGAAUCGCAACGGUUGUAAGCAGUCGCACCACCAAUUGUGAAAGGGGCUUUACAAAGAGUUACGAUAGGUUCAAAUCAAACUUAAAUAGCAAUUGAUCUAAAAGUUUCUCAACCAUGCCAACUACCUUAAUUUAGAACUAUCGCAAUUUGAUUUGAAUCUAUUGUAUACUCAUUUUCUAGUAACCUUUCCCUUCAACAUUUCACAAUUUGAUUAUGAGUAAAAUUAUGCUCAGAAUAUAAGAACUUAUAUAUUUGAAAUAAACGAAUGAUUUCUAAACUUGUUAAUUUACAUGAAAUGUUAAAGUAUCAAGAUCGUUGCCAUAUGAUGAUUAGAUUCUAUUUGAUGAAACCUGAA